AUGAAAGAUGCUAUUGAUUUAAUUCAACUAUGGUUUCACCAGGCAAAUAGAGCAGCGAUUAGAACAGGUGCGUAUUUCAUUCUGUCGGAAAAUAAUUCAGAUCUGUUUAGAAAAUCAAAAUAUGAACAUGAACAUGAUCUAUUAAUUAUACAGUUUAGUGGGAUGGAGUGGGUGGGUUGGCAAGUUGCGUUUGAUGAGCCUAAUCUUAAGGUUCUCGAAUGUUAUAUAUCUGGUCCAAGGCUGACUCUGGCGUCUGCAAACUCGACUGAUAGAAGUGCCGUGGGUAGCGGUAAUGCUGGAGCUGGUAGGGUUGAUCCGUCAUAUAUGCAUUCUACUUCAUCUGUUAUUUCAUCUGCAAUUUCGAAUUCUUCUGCCCAUUCAUCUCUGAAAACAUCAGAAAAGUUUAUGUCUGAGAGUACCCCACGCCCCACUGAAUUUGAUGAACCAGUAAAUACCAAUACGGAAACUCUAAAAGAUAUCAUGGAUAGGGAUUUUGAACGAACGCUGACUUAUAGUUCGAUGAGGCCGGUUGAUUUGGCGGAACUUUCACCCGGUAGGUUUUUGAAUAGUGAGAGUGAUGAUGGAGAUGAUACAAGUUCGAGCUCGAGCUCGAGUUCUCUGAGUAUUACUUCUUCGAGGAUUGGUAGUUCUAGGAAUGCUAAGAUAUCUCAAGCUUUGCAUAAUGUUACAUCGGGAAUAUCGGGGUUGUUCAAGAAGCGUGGGCAUAAUGCAGGUAAUACAACUGCCUCAGAAGAUUCAACGCACUUAAACUCUCCAGAUCCGGAUAGUAAUAUUGAUUCUGAUAACAGUGAUGUUUAUUCAUCGUACUCUAGAGGUAACUCUGCGCUACCCUAUCUAGGCACACAGGAAUUGUCCCCGAUACAUCGGCUUACCCGCCAUUCGGUACAAGGAAUUGGUCCAGCUGAGCGUUAUCCAGAUGAAGAACCACAAGAGAUGAAGAAUUUUGCUGUAAUUAACAGGUGGUUGGAACAAUAUUACUCCAAGACCUUGAGAAACUAUGAAAGGAUUAAUGCUAAUAUGGAUUCACUGAUAAAUCCUUCGACCGACGAAAAAACCUCUCAAAAGACGGGAAGUAGGGAUUUCCACGUUUUCUCAUCAGCUGAUAUACAAAUCAAGUUGCCCUUUCAGGAUAACUCUUUUCCGGCUGUAUUUUGUCCCGGUUUAUGGUAUUCACUACUGUUUUCGCAGUGGACUCCAUUCUUGCGAGAGCUGAUGCGGUGCAUGAUCCCAGGCGCACCAAUUACCACACUAAUGUAUGACUUCAAUAUAUCAAAUAUAUGUCAAGAUGAAUCUGCUCAUCAAUUUUCAACUACCUUAGAAUUGAAGAAGAUAUUUCAAGCCAUUCGUUUUGAAGCCAUUAAAAGAGGUCAACAAAUUUUCCCCAUGAGAAACCUUUGUCCCCUGUUUAAACAACUGGGAUUUCAAAAUGUUAAAUACACCGUGCUCAGCUUGAAGAGGGGUGACUAUUUACACGAUAUUGGGUUCUUAAACGAAUACUUAUCUACAUUUCAUUAUGACUUUUUGGUUCGUACCUUUUUGUCAGACCCAAGCAAACUGCCUCCAGGAACUGACCCAUAUUCUUUGCCGAAGCGUUUCAUGGAAGAACAUAUGGGUAAGGUUGAUGAUAAUGCUGGUUGUUUACGUGGAAUAAUAAUCUCUGCUGAAAAGCCAUUGUAA